UCUCGUUUUCCAUUUUCCAUUUUCCAUUUUCAAGAGGAAGGAGAAGAAGGAAAAGGCUAGGGAUUUUGAUUCUCCAACUCCCUUUUGCACCAUUAAAUUAAUAUUCCCACCUUCCUCUUCUUCAAUGGCGCAAGUAAAAGUGCUCUGUCUCUAUGCUCUGUUUUUAACUCUUACAGCUCUUUUCAUAACAGGUGUAAAUUCAGCUGUAACUUUUACAAUGGUGAAUAAAUGCCAGCAAACAAUUUGGCCUGGCUUAUUAUCCAACUCUGGAAUUGCUCCACUUUCCACCACAGGAUUUGUUCUUCAAAAAGGCGAAUCCAAAACAAUUAAUGUACCCACUUCAUGGGGUGGUCGAUUUUGGGCUCGUACACAUUGUACCGAAGAUUCCACCGGAAAAUUCACCUGCGCCACCGGCGAUUGCGGUUCCGGUAAGCUCGAAUGUGCCGGCGGUAACGCUGCACCGCCGGCAACUCUAGCUGAAUUCACACUCGACGGCUCUAAUGGGAUGGAUUUCUUUGACGUCAGUUUAGUCGAUGGGUACAACUUGCCCAUGCUUGUGGUACCACAAGGUGGUACCGGUAACAACUGUACGAGUACCGGAUGCGUGGUGGAUUUGAACGGCGCGUGUCCAUCGGAGCUUAAAGUGAUGAGCGUAGGAGGUGAAAAUGUCGCGUGUAAGAGCGCGUGUGAAGCUUUCCGGCAAGAUGAAUAUUGUUGUGCCGGCGCGUAUAAUAAUCCGACGACGUGUAAACCGUCGUCGUAUUCGAUGUUGUUUAAGAAAGCUUGUCCGAGUGCUUACAGCUUUGCUUACGAUGAUAAAACGAGUACCUUUACUUGUGUUGGCGCUAAUAAUUAUCUCAUCACGUUUUGUCCUUCUCCUAAUACAAGUCAAAAGUCGUCAUCAUCAAGUGGACAAAAUCAAGAACCAGAAGACAAUAACAACAACAACGAGCCAUCGACGAUCAACAACUCUAUGGUAUAUGAUGGUGCAUGGGAUAUCAGCAGUGCAUCUUUAACCACGUGCAUGCACGUGGUCAGUUCACCGGCCAUAGCCGGUGCCGUCGCCUUGCUGACUGCCACUUUCCAGUUGCAUCAUCAGCUCUUCUAAUUUUUAUUUUUGACUUUGCUUACACUCAAAUACAUUAGUGGAAAGUCCGGCCCGACCCGGCCCAUCUUAUUUUGUCGGAAUUUGAGGUGUGGACCAUUUAAUUGGGCCUUGUGACCCACAUGGGGCCCAUGUGACGGGGAGAUGAGUCACCUGCAGAAAGCUUACGUGUCAAUUUAUUUGACGAACACCUACUCAACUUUUUAUUGGUGAAAGGAGAGGUACCUCUAUAGCCACGAAUUUAGAUUUUUGAGGUUAUUUUAUUUUAUUAGUUUUUAUUUUUAAUUUGAAUUAAGAUUGGGAUUAGGUUUAGGAGAGGGAGAUUCAUUUGUUAGGUAGGUUUUAGAAAUUAUGUAUAAUAUGCUAUAUAUAUCUAUUUGGUGGAAAUUUUAUACACUUUAGAAAAUGGAUUGUUAGUUUAUUUUUUA